AAGGAUAGAGUUUGUGUUUCCGACGACCCAGCCGGCUAGAGCGUCUUACCCCCAGCUCGGCUGUCCAGCCGGCUAGAGCGUCCUUUCUAGCUUGAAUGCCUGGUGGCUGAGGCCGCUAGGGAGUCCCUCCUGUUGGGACCCGCGUGUGACCUUCCCGCCUGCGGAGCGAUGCUGCCGGCGGCUGCAAGCUCCCUGUGGGGGCCGUGUUUCGGGCUUCGGGCCGCUGCGCUCCGCGUCGCCAGGCACCAGGGACCGAGACUGUGCGGUGUGCGGUUGAUGAGAUGCAGCAGCCAUCGAAAGGGGGAGGCUCUUGCUGGGGCCCCCCUGGAUAACGCCCCCAAGGAGUAUCCCCCCAAAAUCCAGCAGCUGGUUCAGGACAUUGCCAGCCUUACGCUCCUGGAGAUCUCAGACCUCAACGAGCUCCUGAAGAAAACGCUGAAGAUCCAGGACGUUGGGUUCAUGCCCAUGGGUGCCGUGGCCCCUGGCGCUCCCCCUGCCGCCGCCGCCCCAGAGGCCGCGGAAGAAGACCUCCCCAAACGGAAGGAGCAGACGCAUUUCACCGUCCGCCUGACGGAGGCGAAGCCCGUGGACAAGGUGAAGCUGAUCAAGGAGAUUAAAAGCCACAUCCAGGGCAUCAACCUGGUGCAGGCGAAGAAGCUGGUGGAAUCCCUGCCCCAGGAAAUCAAAGCCAACGUGCCCAAAGCUGAGGCUGAGAAGAUCAAGGCGGCCCUGGAGGCGGUGGGCGGCACCGUGGUUCUGGAGUAGGCUUCCCGGAGGACCGUGCACAGGGGUCCGGCCCCCCCUCCCUCCCCGUGUGGGGCGCCACCUGCUCCCCGCCCAGUGCCCAGGCUCAGUGGACGGAGAGGCCUUGGAGCAGAACUGGCACCUGCAGCGCGUGGCCAGCUCCGUCCUGGGACAGACGGAAGGACCUCCUGAGAUGGGGAGGGGGGCGGCCGCGCCUGGGCCCGCCGGUGGCAGGGCUCUGGAACCUUCCAGGUCACGCGCCCCCUGGUGGUCUGUGAGAAAAAAGCGUUGUUGAGGCGCUGAA